AUGGCGCCCCCGACGGGCUCUCCUUCGCUGCCAUCGGCCGGCUCCCGCCAUAUGCAGAGGCGCCGCAGCGUCUUCUGCGGCGCCGGUCUGUCUGUGGAUACCGGCAGCGAGGCGGAGCUGCACGAGCUGACGCAGUUCUUUCGUCAAAAACUCGCGAUCAAAUGCACCGCUCUGUGCACACCCGGCUCUUUCCACGCCAAUGCGUGUCCGCAAGACCUCCCUGCGGCCCUCGCGUCUCCCGAGGACUCGGACCGCCUUCUCCGCCUCAUGCAGGCUCUUCUGAGUCGCUCACUGGAGGCGCCCGCUGUCCUCUCUCUUCCCGUCACCCGCGAGGAAAAUAAAGGCUCUGGGCACUCUACAGCCGCCCCAUUCUGCCACGCUGGACUCUCCCCCUCCGCCUUGCAUGUCCUCCGCGCCGACGCGCCUGGGGCGAACUAG